AUGGAGAAGCAAGCAAUGAGAAUACCACUAUAUCCACCCCACCCUAAUAGUCCAAUUGUAGAUGUUUUAGCAUUACCACCAGCAGUGAGGGAUGAAGAUGGGGAUAUAGGAGCACCACUUGAAGAUUUUGAAGGUGAACCAUUUGCGCUAACAGACCCUGACACUGUUCCUGUCGGUGUUAUUUCAGUUCCAGUUACUCCAGUUACCGUUCCGGUUGCAGCUGAUGAACUGAUUCCAGAAUCGGUUCCAGAUACAGAUGGUGUUCCGGAUACAGAUGGUGUUCCAGAUACAGACGGUGUUCCGGAUACAGAUGGUGUUCCAGAUACAGAUGGUGUUCCAGAUACAGAUGGUGUUCCAGAUACAGAUGGCGUUCCAGAUACAGAUGGCGUUCCAGAUACAGAUGGUGUUCCUGAUACAGAUGGUGUUCCUGAUACAGAUGGUGUUCCAGAUACAGAUGGUGUUACUCCUGUUGCUGUAGGCGAUGCGGAGUCCGAAUUUGAACCGGAAAUACUAAAAUGUAAAUUAAAGGAUGAAAAAAAUGGGUGGUUGUCAAAAUUCAGUGAUAAGCUUUUCCUUUUAUACAAUUGA